AUGUUGUUUUUGAGACAUAAAAAACAUUACAAACAUGGUUGACAAAGAUGAUAAACAUGGUACACAAAAAUAACAAAGUUUACAAACAUUACAAAAUAACAAAGCGUACAAAUAUUACAAAAUAUGUCAACAAACAUCACAAAAUUGGCACUGUCCCCGGAAAAUUCUUCUCCGUCGAUGAUGGUCGCCGGAGAAAAUUUUCCGACCAGAAAAUUUUCCGACCAUAAUCGAAUCUCUCUCUCGCAAAGGCAAUUGCCUUAUGUGGGUAAAAAAAUUCCAGUCUCUCUCUCUCUCUCUCUCUCUGUGUGUGUGUGUGUGUGUGUAAUGGCCGCAUGAGAAGAACUCUCCUGCCCAGAAACCCCCCUGGCCGGAAAAAAUUGGACGGAGACGCGCAAGGGACGGGGCGGACCCUGGCCGGAGACGGCGCAAGGGAGGAGGCGGACUCAAUUUUAUUAUUCAUUUUAUAAUUAAAAUUAAAAAAUAAACAUGCAAUUACUAUACUACCCUUCAUUAAAUUGGAUUAAUAUGGGCCAUUGGAUUUUAAUGAGGUGCAAGGGUGGAGAUUGACUUAGUCAUGUGACUAGGGGACCCCCCCCCCCCCCCCCCUUAGUCACCUGAUCUUAGCCCUUUAUGACAUGGUAUCAGAGCUAGUUCGACCAAGUGGUCGUGUGUUCAAAUCUCCACAACCCUCAAUAUUAACAGUUGAUUAAAGCACAAGGUAUGGAGAUCGCCUGUGCAAAUUUCAAGCCCAUGAGUUGACUUUCGUUUGAGGGGGCGUGUUAGAGAGUGGUAUAAGAUCCAGGAUAACCUUCUUCUAACAAGUCGUCGUGUUAUUGGGACCAACUAUUUUAUGACAAUAAGGACUCGAACACGUGACCUUAAUGAUAAACCGGCUCUAAUAUCAUGUCAUAAACCAACUAGUCCCAAUUCUCAAUAAUUGGAGUUGUUGGAAGAUGUCCAUGUAUGAUAGCUAAUCACUUCUUUACAACUGAAUGAUCUAGCUAGCUAACUAGCUUUUGCUUUUUCAAAGAGUUAUGUGCUACUAAAGAUACACGAACCUGAGACUUCCAUAUUCAAAGCUCGUGGGAUUACCACUAGACCAAACCAGUGACCGAAAGCUCAACACAAAAUUUCUUAAACAUUAUUUUUGUAUCUCAUUUGAAACGUAAAUUUGAAGAAAAUUUUCUCAUACUUACACUUACCCAAUAUAUUAAUUAAGCGAUGAUCUAGUCUAACUAAGCUAGCUAUAUAUCAUGAAAAUGAAGAGCAUAUAUAUCCCAUUUAGGGUUGCAAAUGAGCCGAGCUACUCGCGAGCAACUCGAGGCUCGAAUCGGGAAAAACUGGUUCGAAACUCGACUCGUUUACUAACAAGCCAAGCUUGAGUAGGGAUGGCAACAAAACCCGAACCCACGGGUACCCACCCGACCCAACCCGGUCAACGCGGGUAAAACCCAUGUUGACGGGUUUUUGGCCGGGUUCGGGUUUAAACCCGCUACACUAUUCAAUGGGUCGGGUUGGGUUUGGGUUUAGGUAAACCCGCCCCAUGGGUACCCGCCCACACAUAUAUAUUACUUUUCCGGUAUAUUUAAUAUUCUAAAUAAUAUAUCUUUCUUAAAUAACUAAUAUUCUUUAUGUUUUGUGGAGACACGUAUAAUUUGUUCUUUCUAAUUGUUUAGAAUGAAGUUGAUAUUAUGAAGUGGAGAGUGAAGAAACUUAGUUGACGAGGAAGAAGCUUUCAAUUAAUCUUAUUGUUUAUAGAUGUUUAUCUUUAAUUUUGAACAAUUUGUAUUGAUCAUUUGCGGUUUGCUUGUAUGCUCUAGAUUUGUGUUUUUUAUUAUGAUUAAUUUGUAUGAGAAAAUUGAUGUUAAACUUUUAUUUUGAAAGAAACUUGUUAUUGUAAAUUUUUUACCGCAAAAACCCACGGGUACCCACGAACCCGCGGAUACCCAGCGGGUUGGGUUUGAGUUUUUUAAACCCAAUGGGUUUUACCCCGGGUUUUUUUGGCGGAUAAACCCAUGGGUUUGGGUUUGGGUUUGACAAAACCCGCCCCAACCCGACCCAUUGACAUCCCUAAGCUUGAGCUUAGCCUUGUUGAGCUCGCCAGCUAGCUCGACUCGGUGCCUUGUUGAGCUCAACUCGUGAGUUGGCUCAUUUAGAGCUCAUGAGAUGUCUCAACAUUGUGGUUUGAGGGCCAACUUGAUCACCGACUUAUGGCCGAAUCGAUCUAAAUUGGACUUUCAUAAUUCAUAGGAUUGUUAAAUUAUAUAUCUCACACAUAUGAAGUUUAACUUGUUGAACAUGUAAGAAAAUACGCCUUCUUUUUAAUUCUAUAAAGAAAUUAUGAACAAAAUUGUUUCGACACUAUGAAAUAACAUGAUUUGAACUAGUUAAAAUUUAUUAACUAAACAAUAUGACACAUAUAAAUUAUAAUAUAAGAUUAAUUAAUGUUGAACAUUUGAUUAUUUUUUUAAUCGUUACAUCAAACAGAUGUAUCAUACACGACAUACAAAAUAAACGUAUCAAAUACGAUCUAGGAAUUUAGUAAACAAGCCUAACUCGAACCCGACUCGACUCGUUAAUAAAUUGCUCGAACUAGCUCGAACUCAACUCAUUUAUUAACGAGUCAAACUCAAACUGGGAUAAAACUCGGCUCAGCUCGAGUCAUUUGGAGCUCUAAAUUCACAUUCCCCUUUUCAUAUAAAAAGCAAGUGCUUUGAAACCCACAAUUAUUCCACUUGGACAUGAUUGAGCCAUUAAGUUAAAUUGAUCAUUUCCCAAGAUGGCGGGAAUCUAAUAACAAAAUACUAUUUCGGCUCUGCUCUUUUUAAAUAUGGAUAGAUAAAUCGAUUUGAAUAAUGGCUGUCGAUAAUGAUGUUGAUUGGGCAGUUUCACUAUCAAGUACACAGUCCACUAAUUACAAGGACAUGUUUGGACCAUGUCAUGUGACCUUUUUACACAAAGUUCGGCCAUCGAUGACUCCUUCUUCUGCCUUCUGCCCUCUCUUUUAUCAUGCUCAGUUUCCCUUUAACACUUGCCCUUUUCCUUUUCCUUUUUUUUUUACAGUAUCGAAAUUUCCUUUCUUUGCCUGUUUCUCUCUUUAUAUGUACCACUUCACAACCACCAUUAUCCAUCCGCCACUCACAACAAAUAUCAACCCUUCUUCUUGUUUCUGUCUUAACUUAGAAAAUGGGGAAGCCUCUUCUCCUUGCUGUCGUGCUUUCCUUGUUAUUCCUCAUACUGAGCAUUAGCUCUUUCUCCUCCAAUGCUCGUUCUUUCCCCAACGCCGGCGGCGAAUCGGAAUGGAUGGAGGGGCUGAUGGGGAUGGAGGAGGAGGAGAAGUGCGAGCGUGGAGAGAUGGAGGAGGAUUGCGUGAAGAGAAGAGUGGUUGCAGAGGCUCACUUGGAUUACAUCUACACCCAAAAACAACCUCAUCAUUGAUCGCUCUUCUCUUCACUCUACCUACGUGCAAAACCUGAUAUAUAUAUAUAUUGUAUGUAAUAACUAUGUAAUGUAUGUGAUAUAUGAGCUAUAAAACAAGUCAAAGUUUGUUCACAAAUGUGUAAGGAAUCGUAUGGGUAUGGACACAAACAACUCGAGUUAAUGGAGUAAGUUGGGUUAUUAUAUGGUACCAGAGCUGAUUUGUUAUUUAGAUCACGCAUGUUCAAGUUUUCAUAAACCCCUAAUAUUAACUGUUGUCUUAAAACACAUGGUAUGAUUGGUAUGUACAGAUUGCAAAACUUAAGAGCACUACUACUAUACUAUAUAGUAUUGGUGCUUUAAUGUACAAAUUGAAGUUGUACCAUACCAUUAAAUGUAUAAGUUUAGGUUGUACCAUAAAUGAAUUUGUAUCAUUAUGUUAUGAUACAACUUUACAACUUGAAGUUGUACCAUCACAUAAAGGUAUAAGUUCAAG